CGCGCAGGAGGUGUCUCCGUUCGUCGUCUGUAGGGUCGUGUCCAGCUCUUCAGUUGCUGAGUCGUAGGAGCUCUUUACAUUGUUUGCUAAUUAAAACGAUCAUAAGGUUCUCGCUUUGUUUGUGAACUUUUGAGAACUGUUUUCAUAGUGCGUUUUUCAUACAGUGAGUUCAGAACGUGACUCCGGUUGAACUUACUACGCAAUCGAAGAACAGUUCGGUUUUAUGGCGUGAAAGUGUCGGGUUCAGGUUUUCUUUUUAGUAAUGUGUCCACCUGAAAAGUGAAACGUUUCGAAGGCGUAUUUUUUUGGUUCGCGUGUAUUUGGUCCUCGGUUGCGAAUUGCCCAACAGCUUGUAGUCAAGUGAAUUUUAAGCAGGCGGAAAAGGAAACUUGUGCGCUUGCGAUUCAGUUUUUGCUCAUUGAAAAACCACCAGCCGGUAAAGAUCAAGUGUAUUACGAAUAAUCUGCCACAAAAUAGAUGCGAAAACAGAAGAGAUAAUUCCCUAAUUUGGGCAGUAGAAGUAUGCAACGAAGCGAACAAUUUUUCGGAAGUUUCCUUUUCAUGUGAAUUCGACGUUUGAGUGCAGAUCACUUUAUGCAACCGUUUUUUUUGUGUGGAAUGCCAUUGAUCGUGCUGACGAUGACUGCGCGAGUAAAAUUGACGGAAAUGAGAAUGCAGUCCAGAGCAGUGCAGUGAUCUUGCUACAUCUCUCAGUUAAUAGCUAACCCAAGGGGUAUAAUCGACGACGACAACAUCAACGAGUCAGUGGUCUUGGUUGAAUGAUACUUCUUGGCUCGCAGCGAAAGAGUUCACAGUGUGGUGUGGUUAUAAGUGGUGCAUUUGUGACCAUUGAAGACGUACGAUCAACUCCGGAAAACAACAACAUCGCUGAACGUUCCAUGCGCGGAACGGUUUGUGUGUAAAGUUUUGAUCAAGCUGGACAGGAGAAGCGCAGUGCCAUCGAUGAUGACAAGUUAGAAAAAAAUACGUAUAUGAAAUCAUUGGAAAGGAGCCACAGUUUUUGAAAAAUCGAUCAAAUUCAACGAACCACCCAGCCAUGCGAUCUCGAAUCUACGAACGAGGAAUUUCAAUGAGCUAAACAGAAGCGACCGUCGUUGACCUACGCUUACCAAAAAUGUGCGGCGAGCAAUGUCUGUAUCAUGAAUCCGCAAUACCAACCUCUAUAGACUGAAUGGUACUUCGAAGUGUCCGUCUGUGGAAAGCAAAAGUGUGACGCGAUCGCGUGUUGCGAGAGUGAUUGAUAGUGGAUAUGGUAACGUGUUUGAGUUAAUCCCGUUCGGUACUAUGUGUACUGAUUGAAGUAAUUUAGGGUAGUUAUUCGCCAAUCGACAACGAACAAGUAUGCGAAACGACCUUAGCAACAAGCAUUGUCUUAAUGGUAUUCGCAAUACCAGCCGCGCUAGAAAAUAAACACCAACAAUGAAGCCGGACAGUCCUGAUAUUGGCCCCGUUGCGGUCGAAAAGCAACUACAUGCUGAGAACGCCAAUACCAGUAGUAGUGGGGGAAGUGAUGCUGGAAGUGGAACCGGCGGUACUUUAAAAUGGAACAGUUCCAAUUCCAGCUUGAGCAGUGCCAGCGAUAGGAAAAGCACGUUAUACACCGACGUCGAACCUAAGACAAUGAGCGAUACGGCAAUCGAUGAUAGUUACUCGACGACUACGGAGGUGCGCCAUGCCGAGGUCAUAAGCUCCGACGCGGACGAUCGAAGCGUCAUAAUCAUGGGAGGAACGUUACCACUGCGAGGAGCAUCCGCUACACUGCCGGUAAGUGCGGCUGGAAAGAAGCGUCGCUGCGGCGCUACCUUGGACGGAGUGAUCAGCACUAAGAACCACCUGAAACUAGUCAGCAAGGAGUUGGACUGGGAGCGCAAGUUUCGAGAUGAUCAGCUUUCUAGAAUCCUGAAAGCGUUGAUCUAUUUCGAAACGCGGCUGAAGAAUGAACACAAGCUGAUCAAGCAACAACUGCACGAGAAGGACAACGUCAUCAAUCGGCAGAACUGUACGAUCAAUCGGAUGAAGCGGAAACUCGCAGAGGACAGUAGAGAGGAAUUUCCUGUUGAGGAUCUGCCGGAGGUGGCUCAGUUCUGUCCUAAAUGUCGUAAGAGUUUCUACGGAAUGGAGUUCCGUUGCAGUGGAACGCAAACCGUGGAGUAUCGGGAUGACGGAGCGGAGAGUGUGAUUACGGAGAAUCUCUCGAUGAACAGCGUGGAGUACGCCUCGUCGAGCGAGGAGCAGGACUCGUCGCUAUACGUACGUGCUAACUCGUUCAAAGAUGCCCGGCGCAGUCGCAAGUACACGAGCAAGCGUUCCUAUCAAGGGUAUUCGCGUCCGUCGCGGCACAGCAGCUUUAAGAGCACCACCAGCAGUAUCAACGAGUGCAAGAUGCUUGGAGCGGUUGUGCCCGAAAACUAUGAAAACAUCGAACCAAAUAAGAAUGUGCCUAAAAUUGUGAUUUACGAAAAUUACGAAAGCGAUAAGGAAAAUAAAGGAAUAGUGAAGGAAGCGAACAAUUAUGACAUGGUCGAACCGUCCUACUCGAAUAGGAUGGAAUCGAUGCAUGGGAUCAAAACUAGCCUAAAAACAAAUGGAGAUGGAGACGGUAGACUGCUAGAUGACGAUAACAUAAUUUAUGAAGAAGACUUGAGUGGGAACCCUAGAAGCGGAAAUCAACAAAAGUAUACUGAAGGAAUAGAAAUGAAGCAGACGAUUGAAACCAACGACGAUUGGUAUGCAAGUGCCAGUGACAUGGAGGACUCGGAUACAGCAUUAGGAAAACCGUACAGCAAUGCGGCUGUUAAUCCUGUGCUAGAAUGUGUAAAUCAGAUUCUUCUACAACAAUCGAUGGAGGGAUUUGGAGAAAACAAGGAAGCCGUCAAUGGCAAUAAUGACGACGACAUGUACAUUAAAGCCCAGGAGCCACCGAAAGAACCAACACAGGUUCGCUCCAAGCGUGUACAUUUCUCCACGCAGAACAGCAUGGUUCAAGUUCCGCGGAUCAAUCUGCAACCAACUCCGGUUCCUCGCAAGGAAGACAAAGGUUCCCCGACAUAUGAAGUUCAAAGCAUUUACAGCAACGAGUAUGAACCGAUAGGUUCAGAACAGAACUCAUAUUCGAACUAUUAUGUUGACAUGGAAUCCAAGCUGGGUUCAGAAGAUCGAGAGCGAGAGCUGGCAGCAGCGGAAAAACGUAAAAUUCCACCGGCUCUACCACCCAAACCUGCUAAUCUGAUGAAACUGCAGCAAAUCUCCAAGCAACGGAUGGUACAAAUUAAGGCAAAACCGUCAUCUGGAAAUAGCGAUAUAGCUGAAUCUGAACCGGACUAUUGCUCAAUCAGCGAAAUACAAGACUCUGUUAAAUGUGUUCAAAUAGUAGCGGAGAUACAUAAGGAGGCAUGUGAAGACGACUAUUCGAUUGUUGAUGAAGAGAUGGAAGAAACCGAGAGCAAGAAAAGCACUGACCCUGAAGAAUCAUUCGCGGACGUUCCUAAGUUACCGAAUGUAGCUGAAAUUAUUCCUCCAAAGAAGGAAACCCCUGUAAAGUUCAUUAGUCAGGAUAACUACAUUACGAAGUCCAACAAAGGGACACCGGUGAAAACGAAAACAACUCCAACGAAGAAAGAAGGUGAAUUUAGGGAACAGCUAUCAGAAAUUUUGGCGGAGAUCAAUAAGCAGUCUCCAGCGAUUCGCAACGCUUCAAAGAAACACGUUCCAGUCAAGGAUCUCGGCAUGGCAUUUCGAAGCACUAGUAAUAUUCCAACACUGACCUACCCAUCAAAGUUAAGAUCCGUGGACAAAGUGAGUUUCCUUAGCAAGAUGAACUCCGGAUCGUUGUCGAACCUAAAUUUGAGUGUGAAAAUAAAUGGAUCGCUGCCAAAACCCACCAGACCUGUUACGUUCAAAUCCAGCCUACAGUCAAAAACUUCGGGCACCAAUUUGAAUUCAUCUUGCAACCUGACUCAACUAGUGCCAUCGAGCCCCAGCAAAACAGGAUCUUUCAUACCAAACUUAAAAUCUCCGGGAACGCCAAUCUCGCAGAAUGGUUCAUCACCCAAGACUUCACCAGUCAAAAAAUCACCAGCACCCCCCGUUAUCAUUGCCCAGGACAGCAAACUACCGAUACAAGCCGAGUUCGAUUGGUACAACUUGGACGCCGAGUACGGCAAGUCCAACCAACCGGACAUCAUCGUGGAAGCCGAUUCGGGUAACGCAUCCGAGACGCAAACGGAUAAAACUCCGGACGAGUCAAACUCCGCCAACGGGCACAGUUCCGAGGCCAGCGGAAGCGACCUGGAGAACGUGGAAUACAACCUGGACGAGGAGUACAAAUCGGUGCCACCGAUCGUGCAACCGCCGGAUAUCAUUCAGAAAAACCAAACGCUGACACCGACCCCUCCCAAGAAUGGAAAGAUCCCGUACAACAGUUUGUCCUUCAAGGAGUUGAUGACGCUGAGCGAGACGCCCAAAAUUGACAAGAUUAAGUCAUCCUCGGUGGACGCUGCCAAUGGGAACUACGAACACUUUCUGGACGACUCCGGACUGUGCUCCAAGCCGAUAAUCUUACCGCGAAAGAAGCGGGUCUAUUACUCGGGCCCGUUUGUGUAAUGCCGGGCCCGGUGUGAACGACCUUGGGCCGGCUGCCGAUCGAAUCGGUAAUGUAUUUUAGGAAAUCCCCAGUGCACGUUGUUAUUUACUGUAAGACGUUUUCUAGUAGGUUGUGUUGUAUGAAACUUUGUUUGCCAAGCACGUAACAGUGGCGUGAAAUUGGUUCAGUAGUUCAAUGAAUUUCCGUACGCGGCGGUUUCUUCUGCUGUUGGUCAGCGAACGGCGGCGGUGCGGUUGCUGUUGUUGCGCUUUGGCGACUACUUGGGUGGAAUUUUGAUUAUUGUUCGCCCGAGGCGAAAGCGAAUUUUGCGAAUAACUUAAUUCAUGACGGUUCGGUUGGAUUUCGGAAUGUUUGCAUUUUUUUUUAAAUGAGAAGUGUUUUCAAUGCUUGGCUGGGGGAACUGACGAUAAUCAAUGGUGAUUCCGUAUGCCUUAUUACGAACGGUCUCUUGCUUGGGAAAUAAUUCAUGAGGAAAUAUAAAAAAAAAAUAACUCCGUGGUGUGCUUUCCUCAGUCCAGAGUACAGAGUACGUCCUAUAGAAGCUCCUGUCAUUACAAGCUCAUAUAAUUACAAGUUCAAAAUAUCAGUUAGUAAUGAGAUUCGAUUCCUCUUCCCAUACCAGAGCUAUCGAUAACAAAAGCCGUAUUCACGCAUUGAAGAAUGUCGAAAAUGUUUCUCAGGGCUUGUUAAAUGAAAGAUUCCAGUAUAUAAGGUUAUCUUAGGUUAUUUUGGCUAUUAUUUUGUGAUGAAAAAAUGAAAAAAGGAAAAAGGAAGCCAUUCUGUGAGACCGUUCAAUUGUAACUUCGCUGUUGGUAGAAGUCGAUUUGAAUGUUCAGAAUGGUCAUUGAUUUCCAAAUUUUGGUAUACUCGUCUUUCCAUAUCUCGAUAUUGAAGAGACCAUCUGCUGGGUGAAAAAUUGUACAGCCCCUCUAAGCAAACAUGAAAAUGUUAUUUGGUUUCUUAAAGUGAUUUAUUUUAUUUACUUGACCCGAGUAGCCCACCAUUUUCAGGAUUUCAAAAAACAUUUCCUGGGAUUCCGGAAAUUCCAAGAUUUCUUGGGAUGGAGUCUCCAGAUCGAAUGAAUUUCAUCAAGCUAUGCCUCAGUACAUCACUUGGUCCAGCUUUUGAUAUGCCCGCUACCAUGUACUUUGACUUGUUAGAACUAAUGAAUACGACUAUUCUUAGCUUUUCCCUUUUCGAUAUUGUUCACUAAGCUUUAAAGUAUAUGCGACUGUGUGAUGAAAGUGACAUUCUCUUUCACGACAGAACUUCUAAUCACAAAGUCGAGUACAAUAUUGAAUAGCAAGUUUAAAAUAGUAAUGUAAAUUAAACUACACGUGAAAUAGUAUCUCAUGUAAAAAUAAACUUUAUUUGAUGUAAUUUCAACCGUCGUGUAAAUUCAAAUUUAUAUUUAUUUAAAUUCAAAUUGAAUCUGUUUUAUUACUACACGAUCGUUUAAUUAAGAGGUUAACGCUUUAUCUGGAAUCUAAAUACUUGACUUAAAGCCAUCGAGCACCUGUACCAGCAUACCAUAACCAAAUUCAGCUGUUAUCCAAUGAAUAGAUAUUGAAUCUGCAGCUUGUACUCUUGUAAGUUCUGGUCAUCUGCAGUCGACGAGCCUUCGCGAAAAUCUGCCUGUCAGCGAUAAAGGACUUUUAAGCCGAUUUCAGCAGAGCGAUCCUUCGAUUAAUGGUGCACUCUAUAGUUUGAACCGUUUACAAAUGAAAAUAUUUUACCAGGGAAGAGCAUGCUCAGUCUCAGAAGGAUUAAACGCAAACAGCUGCCAUUGAGCCAACGGCCGACUCUACAAUGGUCUAGUCAGAUUGGCAGGGCGGAACAAUGUUUUGUACGCAAAGUUUAAGCGGCUAGCCUCUCUGUAGUUUGUGGCCACUCUUCUGUAUGGUCUUCACUGCCGGAAUUUGGCAAAGUGACGUAUAUGUCAUCUGCAGACGACUUCUGAAAUAUGAUUUCGGCAAACCUAUAUGUAGAAAUUUGUAACUUGCAUACGUAACUUUUCCAGAUCAUGACGGUUUAGGUAUUUUUUUUUUUAUCAUUGGCCACAGCUUGAUGAUUUUGAGGGAGUUAUCCAUUCUGUUCGACAAACUCUAGAGGAGCGAUUUCAUCUGACUGUCUGUAGAGACGUCUACUAGCAGAGUUUGCAGAAAUCGCUCUCAAUAGAUAACGAACAACGAUAAAAGAGAGGCAAAAACUGUUCCGAAUCAUAACAAGCCAUGAUAUUAAAUUUAUCAAACUUGUAUACAAGUGCGAAAAAACAGAAUCGGAAAGCCCCCACAGAAAAAUGGUGAUUCUCGCUUUGUUUUCGCUCAUUUCGUGUUGGUUACUGCACAGCUGUGUAGAACAAGUUGAAAUGCAUCAUCAGAGCUAGUGCUCCCCGCAUUUGGAGUUUUCUAAAAGAAAUUUAUCAUGGGGUAUAGCCUCCCGAAUCAGUUCUCUAUUAUGACAGCUUGCGAAAAAAGUCACUCGCGGUAUGCUACAUAUCGUAUAUGUAUACAGAGAGAGACCAUGCUGAGGGUGGCUGGGUUCGAUUCCCGGUGCCGGUCUAGGCAAUUUUCGGAUUGGAAAUUGUCUCGACUUCCCUGGGCAUAAAAGUAUCAUCGUGUUAGCCUCAUGAUAUACGAAUGCAAAAAAAAGGUAACGUGGCUUAGAAACCUCGCAGUUAAUAACUGUGGAAGUGCUUAAUGAACACUAAGCUGCGAGGCGGCUCUGUCCCAGUGUGGAUGUAAUGUCAAUAAGAAGAAGAAGAAGAAGAAGAUACAGAGAUGAUAAGUGAGAGAUUUGUUCAUUUUCUUUGGAUUCAAUCCCUGUCUACUAGUGUCUAAGGUACAGCAUUGAAUGUCUAUCUCUAUCCCCUACCCAACCGGAAGCGUUGAACAAGUAGUACUACACAAAAUUUGAUCAGAUUUCAUGCACCGAAAUGGUGCCAUUCUUGUUAUAAAUACUGUAAAAAAGGAUUCAGUUCUAAGCGGAAAAAGUGUUCUCGGAAAGUGUAGGGAAUGGGGUUCUACAAGCUAUCUACAACAGGUGCAACAAAACAUUACAAGGACGCCAUUAUUGUCGCUGGCUGUUCAGGUAAUAGAUGGUCAAUAAGAGCCACUGUGUCUAACUAAGGCUUGUACCAGAAAGCAGGGUCUCCCAUAAUAUCCACGGAAAAAGCAACUCACGAGACCCUGAACGAUUUUGGUUUCCAAUGAUAAGAUUCAGUAAGCAUGGAAGUAAGUGCUGGAACGUGCUUUUCGAUUUCAUUUGUCAUUUUGGUGUCCUCAAUCCAUUCAGAUCUGGAUUUAUGGUCAUCACUAUCGUCUUGUAAUCGCCUCCGAUUGAAGGAUACUGAUACUUGUUUCCCUUGCUGGUAUCAGUCCACUGGAUCAAGAUACAACCGACAACGUUCACAAUACGAUUGCCAUUGCGAUUACAAUAGAAUUCACGAUUUUCACUAAAAAAAAGUCCUUUCCAUAUUUUCAAAACCAUUUUCGUCCUUUGCAAUCUGACACUCGCCAGAGUUUCAUGUACCCGCUGAUCAUGAAUCUUCCUUUGAUUGAAGUCCACCGGUCUAUAUCUAUAUUAUAAUGGCAAUUUGACAUAGCCUGGCUAAAAAUUAGCUCGGGAAAGGAUAGGAAGAAAAUUUAAAAAAAGUUUUAGAAAAUUGGAAGGGUGUUUUUCGGCUGGAUAAGAUGUAAUUCUCGAAAGUUGGUUUUCUCAGUCUGGAGAAACAGGACGAUGAUUUUUCACUUACCCGACUUUUCGGCCGAUGGGUUGAGUUUUUUUAAGGGUCGUAUAGUCUACCGUCUAUCGUUAAUGAUUGUAAGCCACGUUCAAUUAGUGGUGAAAAGGGUGCUUUACAUGCUUGCUUUUUGUAAAUUUUUAGAAAAAUGAUUUCAAAUUGGGUUUGUUUGCUAACAUACAACAACUGCAACUCGAAUUCUAGAUUUAAUUUAAUAAAACGGUUAUCAACACGAGGUUGGAUUUUUUUUUCACACAGCUUAAAAAACGCAUAAUUUAGAUUUCAAAGUUUAAUUUUUUAUAUUUCUUUUUAUUCACAGUACUAGCUUUAUGUACCCGGCUUUGCUCGGGAUUGAAUAGUGAAUUAUUCAAUUCAAAUGUCUUAUUACAGCACCAAAUGCGCAUAAGUAGCAAGAUUGACGAAAGAUAAAUCGAGACAUAGAUGCAACUCGAUGUGUACACUGUGACCGGUUCAUCAAUAAGGUGGCUGUGCUGGUUUGUUUUGCCCUUAGGACCAAAUACUACAAUAGGUUGAAGAACGCAGCUCUCGAACCUUUAUUCUUCUCCCAUCUACUUUCUUCUUCGCUUUUUUCCUUCUUUGCACCUUUCUCCUUUCUUUUCCCCAUUUUUCUUCUUUCUUUCUUAUGCCUUCUUCAUUUUUUCUACUUCCUUCUUCUCUUUCCUUUUUUCCUCCUUCUUUAGUCUUCCUUAUUCAUCCUCCCUUCUUUUAUUCUGUAUUCUUUUUUUUCUGGCAUUUUUCUUCUGACUUCUUCAUUCCUUAAAAUCAAUUUCUGCUUCGUGAAAAACACGUCUCCCCUGACCAAUAACAAUGGUAUUCCCUAUAAUCGACUCCUUAGAACAGAGAACAUGGGUCCCAAAAUUGGUUGAAAUCGAUUAAGUGGUUCUAAAUUCAAGAGAUUCCAGGUGUUUAGACGUUAAGUAAAUAUGUGUACAACAUUUUGUUUGAAAUUGGUCCUGCGAGUUGAAAGUUACGGGAUAUGUACGUUAGGAAUAAUGGAUGUUAGGCAUAACUGACGUUAGGCAUAAUGUACGUUAGGCAUAAUGGACGUUUGGCAUAAUUCUGCCUUCUUUAUUUCAUGGGCUGUUCUUUGGGUAAUUUUAUGUUUAACGCCCCUUAUGCCUAACGCCCGUUAUGCCUAACGUCCGUUAUGCCUAACGUCCGUUAUUGUUAGUUUUUCAAACAGAUGUGUUUUAAAAUUGCUUCCUAUCCCCUCCCGAAUUUUUUUUUUCUAAUGCGUUACAUUCUGCUUCUUUUUUAUUU